CGGGUGUAUAGUCCGUGCUGUGGCCAGUACAUAGCACAGCCCACCCGGUAGUCACCGUUCCCUGUUGCUGUGCUUCCCAGCAGGGUUCACCCCCUCCUCUUCCGCCCGGGCGCCCGCCUCCACCUAGCCAUGCGAGACUAUGAUGAGGCGACCUCCUUCCUCGGGGACUGGGGGCCCUUCCAGCUGACCAUCUUCUUCCUCCUCAGCGCCAGCAUCAUACCCAACGGUUUCACCGGGCUCUCCGCUGUCUUCCUGGUCGCUAUUCCUGAGCACCGGUGCCUAGUACCCGGCAGUGCCAACCUGAGCCAGGCUUGGAGGAAUGUCAGCAUCCCCUGGGAGGAGAAGGACGGGCAGCCGGUGGAGAGCAGGUGCUGGAGGUACAGGCUGGACACCCUGAGGAACUAUUCUGCCCUGGGGCUCCUUCCUGGGGUGGACGUCAAUGUGGAGGUCAUCGAGAAGGAGAAGUGUCUGGACGGCUGGCACUAUGACCGGGACCUCUACCACUCCACCGUGGUCACCGAGUGGAACCUAAUCUGCGAUAAUGACUGGAAAGUGCCAUUGACCUCAUCACUCUUCUUCUUGGGCGUGCUGCUAGGCUCAUUCGUGUCAGGACAGUUGUCGGACAGGUUUGGCAGGAAGAAGGUGCUGUUUGCUACUAUGGCUGUACAAACAGGAUUCAGCAUAGUGCAAGUUUUCUCUGUCAACUGGGAGAUGUUUACUGUGUUGUUCCUCAUUGUCGGGAUGGGACAGAUCUCCAAUUAUGUGGCAGCUUUCAUACUUGGGGCGGAGAUACUGGGCAAGUCAGUGCGCAUCAUAUUUUCUACUCUGGGUGUGUGUAUUUUCUAUGCUUUUGGGUACAUGUUGCUGCCACUUAUUGCAUAUUUUAUCAGAGACUGGCGUUCACUGCUGAUGGCACUUGCUGCUCCUGGCUUGUUCUGUAUUCCUUUGUGGUGGGUCAUCCCAGAGUCUCCUAGAUGGCUGCUAUCACAGGGCAGGAUCAGUGAAGCUGAGGAGAUCAUUAGGAGAGCUGCCAAGAAAAAUCGCAUACUACCACCUGAGAUAUUAUUCAAUCCUUCAGAGGUGCAAGACCUGAAAGAGCAAUCUUUCAAGGCUUAUACAUUUUAUGACCUGCUGAAAACUAGAAAUAUUCGUAUUGUCACAUUUCUAUCAAUUUUACUUUGGAUGAUAAUAUCUGUAGGAUAUUUUGGCUUGUCACUUAAUACUCCUAAUUUACACGGUGACCCGUAUUUGAACUGCUUCCUGUCCGCUAUCAUUGAAGUCCCUGCUUAUAUCAUAGCCUGGUUGCUGCUCCGAAACUUCUCCAGAAGAUACUCUACAGCAAGCACAUUGUUUCUUGGAGGAGUUGUGCUACUUUUCAUACAACUUGUACCUCAACAUCUGAAUAUUCUAUCUAUAGUGUUGGUCAUGCUUGGGAAGUUUGGAAUCACAUCUGCGUUCUCCAUCGUUUAUGUGUACACUGCUGAGCUGUACCCUACAGUCGUCAGAAACAUGGGAGUUGGAGCCAGUUCUAUGGCUUCCAGAUUGGGCAGCAUUUUAUCCCCAUAUUUUGUUUACCUUGGUGCCUAUGACAAACAUUUGCCUUUUGUCCUGAUGGGCAGUCUCACAGUUCUUGUGGGUAUUUUUACCUUGUUUCUCCCAGAAACCCUUGGUAUGCCUCUGCCAGACACAAUUGAGGAGAUGCUAAGAGUAAAAGGAUUCAAAUAUAAGAAAGGACUUAAAAAAGGAUUUAAUCUUCAGAAGCAGGGUCAUGGAAAUCUGAAGGUUCUUUCAAAUACUGCAUUAUAGGCAUCCAAGAUCCCUAUAGACUGACAGACCCUAUCUAUUACGGUCAUCAGCCCAUGGUUGUAGAGACUAUUCGACAGACUUUAUGAAGGACACACCUGACAAAGCAAUGCUGAAUUCAGUAACUGGAUCCUUUUCCACAACUGGGCUGUCAUUGAUAGACUACUGAAAAUGAAUUAAAGGUUUGGACAGCCUGGACCUCCUAUAUAUUGUGUCUGAUAAAGAAUCUGCUAAUGAAGGCAAUAUUGCUGUGCUGUGGAGUUUUCCUUGCAGUACUAUUGGCACUGGAUAUUAUUUUGCCUACUCCGUGGACAUGAAGCGAUGCAGGGGUAAAAUUUUGAAGAUUUAUGUCAUCCACUGGUAAUACUUUUAUAGGCAGGACAGUUUUCUAUAGUGUUUCCAAAAAUAUGAUAUUAUGCUUUAUCUAUUAACUGCAUAUUUGCCAAGGACCCUACCGGCACCUUUCUGUGUUUCAUUUAGAGAUGUCAGACAUGUCUAUGCACAGAAGAGAUCUACAUUCCAAUACAGUCGUAGGACACACUUAUGAAAUGGUAAUAUUAUUAUGACCAGAGUGUACUAACAGAUUUCAAAGUCAUCAAAGCUAAAUUGUCACAAUAUCAUUCUGUGGUCAACAAUUCAAUUCAAUGACGUCCGGAAGAAGAAUCUGAGUAACUGAUUCAUUCUUAACCUAUAUAUUGUAUAAAAUAGAUAUUCUUAUAUUAUACUAGUCAUUUUUAGACAUCACUUGUCACUUGGAAGCCAGGAUAUUUUAUUAGCAUAUAUGCACUGAAACCACUGGUUAGAUUUUUGUAUGCUGCUAAGAAUGAGCUUUGUGCCACCUUAAGUAACUACAUUGUCUUCAUA